GGAGCCCGGGCUGGAGGCCUGGUCCGCGGAGAGUUCGGCGCGCCCCUCGCGGCGGCCGGAGCCCCGGCGUCGGGAGGCCCCGAAGUCAGCCCGCCUAAGGUGUCCCCUGGCGGCUGCCCUCACCCUCUCCUUUUCCUGCUCCCCGUAGGAGACGUGUUCAUCCUGGUGUUCAGCCUGGACAACCGCGACUCCUUCGAGGAGGUGCAGAGGCUCAAGCGGCAGAUCCUCGACACCAAGUCUUGCCUCAAGAACAAAACCAAGGAGAACGUGGACGUGCCCCUGGUCAUCUGUGGCAACAAAGGGGACCGGGACUUCUACCGCGAGGUGGAGCAGCGCGAGAUCGAGCAGCUGGUGGGCGCCGAACCCCAGCGCUGCGCCUACUUCGAGAUCUCGGCCAAGAGGAACAGCCGCCUGGACCAGAUGUUCCACGCGCUCUUCGCCAUGGCCAACCUGCCAUGCGAGAUGAGCCCGGACCUGCACCGCCGGGUAUCGGCGCAGCACUGCGAGGCGCUGCACAAGAAGGCGCUGCGGAGCAAGAGGCUGCGGCGAGCGGGCGGCGACCAGGACGACGCCUUCGGCAUCUUGGCGCCCUGGGCGCGCAGGCCGAGCGUGCACAGCGAUCUCAUGUACAUCCGCGAGAAGGCCAGCGGCGGCGGCCAGACCAAGGACAAGGAACGCUGCGUUAUCAGCUAGGAACUCCCACCCCGCGCGGAC